ACCCUGGAUGAUUUUGUUUACCCUUGUUGUCCAAUUAUGAAGUUCAAUAUUUCCAUGCAGGCAAAAAUCCCCUCACCAUAUGUACAACGGCACUAUAGGCCAACAGCACUUCAACUCAGCUAGUUUCGCUCGAGUCCCAACAGAAGCGAUGUCUAUGGACCAGAUUGUGCGAGUGUUCUUCUCCCUGUCGACAGUCUGAGCUGCAGAUAUUCCUUGUCUUAUACGACCUAGAUCAUUAUCAAGCGAUAGAUCUUCCCAAGGAUGGCUUCAAGUAAUUGACGAAGCUCUGCUCGAAAUACAACAUGCUUUCGGACACUGGCCGGUCCGACGUUUAUGCAUACUUCUCAGAGUUUGGCUGUGUUCAAUGGAAUUAAAGUGGAAACUUUGAGGGAAAUCUUCUAGGAUUCAGGCUGAUCGGCGGAAAGCCGUCAAAAGUACCAAAGUUCCUUUCGGGGGAUAUCGAUUGGACUAGGGUCGAAACCCACGUUCAUGCUUUUCACAAUUUACGCUCAGUUCUAGACGCUAUCAUGUAGGUGAUGCUCCGAUCAAACCCAUGAAAUCUUCCCGUCUGGCUGAAGGGUGGCUCUGUAUCUAUCUUGAGCUGGCAUGCAAAAAUGGUAGGCUGUCGGUGUCGCCUUCUUGUGGGCAUCUAUAUUAUGUGUUUGUGUCUUCGUCCAUGUGUCUAUCCGUUUCUCUUUUCUCAUCGUCGUGCAAACCACUUUCGUUACUUGAGCCACCUUCUUUAAAGCUCUCUUAAUCAUGGGUGUUCUUAGCUAUUUCAAGAUCUCAAAGCCUGAGAAGUCUGAAUCAAGCAAAGAGAAAGCUCCAGCUGCCCCAAAUUCUGUCGUUGAAAAUGAUUCUCCUCGUCAUGGCUACUCAGACCCAUCACCUACUGCAUCGAGCAGGCAAAGCUUGUAUAGCAACAAUCGUUUAGACGACAUCAGACAUCAAGUUAUUCUCAAUUAUCUAUGGCAGAAACAAAGAGGUCUGAUGUGGAUUAUGGAUAACUCAGGUCAGCAUGAGGGUGUCAUGGUACGCAAAGAUAGGACAGAAUAUCUUUGUCGUCCUCCAGCACUAGCUAGCUCCACCUUUGGUAGGGCGAUGAAGAUCAUGAACGUUUCUGCUGCUAUGACCAUCAACUCCACUGUCGUUCAACCAUUUCUGACAAGGUCGCCCGACGCCCUUGAUGUACCUCUUACCAAUGGCCUUCGAGUCCAGAUUCUACCAACACUUGAAGAUCUUCCCCGUGCUCGCAGAGCUCACUAUGCUGCUUUCAUUGCUAGAGAAGCUCUUCUCGUUGUUUGGGAAGAUGACCCAACACUACUAUUUGACAGAGCCAAAGCAAUCGAGGACGGUCUACUACAGACUAUCUGGAACGCAACUGAACACGAAAAGAGUGAAUCACAACCUCGAACUCAAGUCCGCGAGCUUGACGAAGAGUCAGGGCAGUCUAUCGUUGAAGAGAGACCGACCAUGUACCUCAAUUCAUUCAUGGUCUCUUGUUCAAUUUGUCUUCUGGUUUGUAUUAUGGGUUUAGGAUACGCUCAGCUGGCAAUCGAAGUCGUAGUAUUGAAGCAUUGGAUAUCUCUUGCCUAUCUGAUUGUCACUCCAAUUUACUGCUUCUUUUCCUUGUUCUUCACAAACGUUGUAAUCGGAGUUCUCAUGCAGUGCUUCGGUCCAAUUCAGCAACUGAAUAGGAACACCAAGUUCUUCUCUGCGAAAGCACCUCCUCGUCUUCUUACCACGACACUACCACAUGUCACCAUUCAAUGUCCUGUGUAUAAAGAAGGCUUAGCUGCCGUCAUUGCUCCAACAGUCUCCUCAAUCAAAAAAGCAAUCUCUACCUACGAAUUGCAAGGAGGCUCCGCAAAUAUAUUUAUCAACGAUGACGGUCUUCAACUUCUCGAUGAAGCUGCUCGACAACAAAGAAUUGACUUUUACGCUGAUCAUGGUAUUGGCUGGACAGCCCGUCCUCCCAAUGGUCAAAAUGGAUACGAACGUAAAGGAAAAUUCAAGAAAGCCUCAAACAUGAACUACGGACUUGCCUUAUCCAAUUCCAUUGAAGAGAAACUUCAAGACAUCGAAAGACCAGCUACCUGGACUCAGGUUGAUGAAGUUGCAGCUUUUGAAUCAUGUAUGUCGGACGUUCUUGAUGAGAACCCCGAAGCAUGGGCUGAAGGCAACAUUAGAAUUGGUGACUACAUUCUGCUCAUUGACUCCGAUACUCAGGUUCCAGAAGAUUGCUUGCUUGAUGCUGCUAGCGAAAUGGAACAAUCUCCAGAUGUCGGCAUCAUUCAAUUCUCUUCUGCUGUCAUGCAAGUAUCGCACAACUUUUUCGAAAAUGGCAUUACUUUCUUCACAAAUCUCAUCUACUCUGCUAUUCGUUACGGUGUUGCCAAUGGUGGUGUGGCAGCGUUUGUAGGUCACAAUGCAAUCCUUCGAUGGUCUGCUAUCCAAGAGAUCGCUUUCGAGGAUGAAGAAGGUCAUGAACGAUUCUGGUCUGAGUCCUGUGUCUCUGAGGACUUUGACAUGGCUCUACGAUUACAACUUAAGCACUAUACCAUCCGCAUGGCUGCCUGGGCUGGUGAUGGAUUCAAAGAAGGUGUAUCUCUCACUGUUUACGAUGAAUUGACCCGCUGGCAAAAAUAUGCUUAUGGAUGUAACGAGCUUAUGUUCAACCCUAUUAGAACAUGGUUGUGGAAGUCUCCAUUCACACCUCUCUUCCGUAAAUUCAUCUGUUCCAGUAUCGACAUUGGCUCGAAAGUUCAAAUCGUUGCGUACAUCGGCACAUACUAUGCAUUGGGUAGUGCAUGGUUAAUUUGUCUUGCAAACUACGUAUUCGUUGGUCUUUGGAAUGGAUAUCUCGAUCGUGCUUAUGUUGAUUCAUGGCAAAAUUGGCUCGCAAUUACUGUGGUGUUUACUGGAGCGGGUAAUGUCGGUCUUGCCGUACAACGUCAUCGUUCUGGUGAAAAAUCCUUCCUUCCUGCUAUCCUUGAAAACUUAAAAUGGUGUUUCAUGUUCAUGAUAUUCUUCGGUGGCGUCUCUCUUCACAUGUCCCAAGCGCUUCUCUGCCACAUGUUUGAGAUCAACAUGACAUGGGGUGCCACUUCAAAGGAAGUUGAAUUUUCCAAUUUCUUCCUCGAAGUCCCCAAGAUUCUCAAGACCUUCAAGUACACAUACUUAAUGUGCAUAUUCGGUAUCGUAUUGAUGGUUAUUAUGGCAGAAGCUCCCUUCUUACCCUGGAGUUACAACAUCGAUGAUUUUAUUGCAAUCUUUCCUCUGGGGGUCAUGGUUGCAAGUCAUCUACUUCUGCCGGUGGCGCUGAAUCCGGAAAUGAUGACAUUUAGUUGGUAGGGGAUGAGGAUAUGCGAAAUUAAUUUAAUGUUGGGAAAUUUGGAAUGGGAUACCCAGGACGCUCUUUAUUGUUUGUUUGAUUUGGGGGCAUUCUAUGGUUGAUGAUUGGUAUGAUACUCAUCUUAUGAAGGAAGGAAUAGGAGGUACAAGCUUAAUUGGUUAGACGGAAUGGGUUUAAAGUACAUAAUCUGGCAUACAGAAUUUUAAUAUGAAUGAUAUAAGGAUAAAUGAUCUUUCUCGGGCGUGUGUGAAUAAGUGUCAGUCUUGUAAUCCUAGUCGACCAAACAC